CAGUAGAUGUGAUGUCGCGAUUCUCCGCCAGCCUUCUCAACAUUUUUGACCUUCAUCAUGGCGAGCUGCGGACGUAUGCUCGUUUUGACUCGCCAGUUCAGCACAACCAAUCCUGCAAGGGCAGGGCUCGUGAAGCCUCCCCUAGCAGUCUUCGGAAUUCCGGGACGUUAUGCCACCGCCCUGUUUUCAGCGGCCUCGAAAGAGAAGAAGCUCGACGCUGUUGAGAAAGACCUCCUGAAAUUUAAGGGCCUGAUUGAACAGGACAAGAGGUUGGCCCAGUUCGUCGAUGACCCACUUAUCAAGAAGUCACUAAAGAGGGAUGCUCUGUCGGAGACACUGAAGAAGCAACAGUUCAACGCCCUCACCAUCAAUUUAGUUGGUGCUCUCUGCGACAACGGCCGGGCACGUGACGUCCGCGGCGUGAUCAACGCGUUCAGCCGCAUCAUGGGUGCUGUACGUGGAGAGGUGCUUUGCGAAGUGGUGACUGCCAAGCCCCUGGAUCCGGCGGCAGAGAAGGAUCUGGAAGCUGCACUGCAGAUGUUCCUCAAGAAGGGCCAAGUGCUGCUCAUCUCUAAGAAGGUGGAUCCCAGCAUCCUCGGAGGCAUGCUGGUCAGCAUAGGAGACAAAUUUGUGGACAUGUCCAUUGCCAGUAAGGUCAAGGCCUACACUGCACUUCUCAAGCAGGCUGUCUGAUGUCCUUCCUUCUUCGUGGUGAAUGAUGCCUGCAGGAGCCCAGGUCAGCCUGGUCACCUGGGUGAUGUAGAUAAAGAAAAUGCAGAACACAAAAUAAAACAAAUUGAAACACUGA